GAGUAACACUUUUUAGACUAGGGAAUAAUGUCUGAAGAGUUCACAUUCGGAUAUGAGCUUAAAAGCAAACAAGUACGUCGCUAUAAACUGAAUGAUAUCUCUAGCGUGCGACGUGCUAUAUGUGCAAAUGCGCAGGAGUAUCUUUCAUUUGAAGGCAUUAAUGAGGAGUCUCCAGUAAACAUUUGGCGAACCCUUCUUCAUGUCUUCAUUUCGUCAAUGGGAGUCCUUAUAUUCCUGAACAGGAAAAAAAUUACACAAGAUUGGCCUUUGUAUAUUUUAUCGUAUGCCGGAUUUUUCGGUGUAGUAGCUGGUAUGCUUGUUAAUAAUGCUAUGCAACAAUCGCAUUCUGUAUUUUUUAUGGGAUCAGGUAAACUUGAAAAUAACGCAAUCAAAAAAUUUGCGGGACUAAAUCGCCAUAAAUUACGAUUUCAUUUGUUUGUUUAUCCUUAUUCACCUCAAGUAAAAUUUCUUGCAGAAAUUAUUGAGUCAAGACGUCUCUUUGAAAAUCCCAAAUCUUUAGUUUCAGUUGAAAAGACCGUACAAUAUGGCAAGUAUUUCGGCUCAACAGGCUUUUUUUAUCCACCGGCCCUUGUAAAGGAUAUUGAUGAAAUAAUAGAAAGCUUGAUUCAGAAGAUUUCUCAACAUUUAAAAUAAAUAGGAAACAAUAAAAAA